AUGUUAUUUUCAUUACUUGACGUCAUUGUUAGACCAAUCAUAUUUUCUCAUGGUUCGAUUGUAAUUAGCGUUUCAACGAACUUCUCACUUGCCAAGGAUUUUGGUGUAUUUUUGUUAUCAAUCUGGAGUGGAUUUUUUGGGAGUUUUCUGGGAUUUUUCGCACUCCAAUUUAUUUAUCGAUAUCUAGUAGCAUGCAAAUCGAAAACUCUUAAAACUUUCAAUGAUUCAAGAAUUAUUCUCUGGAUGAUAUUACCAGUGUUUGUCGGAUUGUUUUGGGGAUCUGUCACCUAUAAUUUCCUUCAACCUAAUCACACAAUCAAUCACGAUAUCAAGUCAAUAGUGAAAGAGGAAUUUAAUUGGGAUACCGAAGAAUUAGCUUACAUUGGUCCAAAUCUCUAUGAGUCUUCAGGAAAUGGUGAAAUCCAUGUUAAUGAGAAAAGUUUGAUUGCAAUUGUUAUUAUCUGGAGCUUUGUCAACAUUUCAAUUUUCACUGUUUCAUUUUUUGCAAUAAAAUGCUACUUGAGAAUUAAUUCGAAAUUCGGAGGUUCAACGAGCCUUAAUCAUCUUCAACAUCAAUUAUUCUAUGCACUGGUUACACAGACUUUAAUUCCUUUCAUUUUAAUGCAUCUUCCAGUCACCAUAUUACUUUGUUCGACAGUCUUCAAUCUCGAACUUGGUUGUUCUAGUUCUCUCGUAGCUGUCUCAAUAGCUUUUUUUCCUGCAUUAGAUCCUCUUCCUGUUAUGUUGAUAAUCAAAAAUUAUCGGAAUGCUGUUGCUAAUGCUGUUACAAUUCGUGCAUUCACGUUAUCAAGAAAACAACAACACUCUAACUGA